GCUAUUUUGCACUGUAUCUAGAUGACUCAUUCCCCUCCGAAAACUUACAGUGAAGAAACUAAAAAUUUUGGGCUUAUUGAGAGGCAUUCCUAGUCUUUUCUUAAGCCAAAAUACAAUACUAAGAGAAAGAAUAAAUACAAAAACAAAUGGAAUGAUCAAUCUACACGCGCAUUCCGGUUUCGUUUUAAAUGUAUGCGCAUCAGGUAUACAUUUGUUUACUGAACCGGUUAAAACCAACAACACGAGCAUUGCGUUCCGAAGUGUUUCGAUCACAUGAUUGGAAAUAUUUUUCAGUGUUAUAAAUAUAAAGUGUUGACGACGCAUCAGUUCAUCCAACAGCUUAGCUGUGGUCUUUGUUUUCAUCAGCCCAAAAACAAAAGUGAUUAUUAUACACUUCAUUCUUAUCUUGGUUUCUUUUCAAUAGAAGUAUCAUAAAAUUGGUUAAAAAACAUUCAGUCGAAACGUCAAUUGUUUUGCUUUAAGUUUAGUUUUUUUUUUACUUGGAAAACAACAUGAAAUUGUAUGUGGUUUGUGAUGGGCCGCCAUCGUACGCUUGUCGUAUGGCGUUGAAAGCAUUAAACAUUCCAUGCGAAUUGGUUGAUGUAAACUAUAACAUUGGAGAGCAUCUAACCGAUGAAUAUUUUAAGUUGAAUCCUCAAAAAGAAAUUCCGGUGCUCGAUGACAAUGGAUUCAUAUUGAGCGAAAGUAUUGCAAUAAUGCAGUACUUAUGCGAUCAGUAUGCUCCAGAGAAUCCAAUAUACCCAAAAGAACCGAAGCAAAGAGCACUCGUCAACCAACGUUUGUGCUUCAAUAUGCUAUUCUAUUACAAACACAUCUUUCAAUACACGAUUGCUCCACAAUUCUUUGACUUCCCCCGGGACGAACUAGGUAAAAAGAAGGUUGAAUUAUCGUUGAAUACCUAUGAAACAUAUUUGAAGAAAAAAAACACAAAGUACGCUGCUGGUGAUUGUCUUACUAUCGCUGACAUCGGAUUGAUUAGUGGAACAUUGCCGUUGGAAGGAAUUGGUUAUAAAUUCGAUCACUAUCCAUUGGUUACCAAGUGGUAUAAUACAUUCAAAAGCGAAAAUCCAGAACUAUGGGAAAUUGCUCAAAUUGAUGUGGAUCAAAUCGCCGAAUUCGAAAAGAACAAUCCGGACCUAUCGAAAUUAAACCAUCCACUCUAUCCACCCAGAAAGAAUUAAAAGCAAUUCUUUCACUCUGAUACGGCGAACGCUUCAACAUUUUCAAUGUGAACAAACUCGGCGUCAAUCUUUUCAUUUAGUUUUAAAUUAAAAUCUGAACGAAUCCAUUUUUAAAAUAAUUUUUGUUCUUUAAGUCAGAGCGUGUUGUGAGCUAAUGUCAGCAGCACUAACUAACGUCAGCUGCUGAUAUUAGCUGCUGACGAGUAUGCGUUGUGUUGCGUUGUUCUAACGCAUUUAUAGUAUAAGAAUGAAAUGGUGAGAAAACUUUCCAUACCAAUGGUCCAAUCGCACCAAUGGUAAGUUUACUCACCCUUUCGUUUUUAUACUAACUUAAAAGAACAACGCAACGCAUACUCGUCAGCAGCUGAUAUCAGCUCAUAACACGUCCUGCUUUAAAUCAGAGUUCUUUGAAUAAAAUCGUAAUUUUACAUGGAAUCAAAUGUUA